AUGAGACUAGAAUCUUUUACCGGUAGAAUAUCUUAUACAACCAUUAGAGAAAUAUCUAUAUUGAAAGAUGCUAGUCACAAGAAUAUUGUGAGGCUCUUAGAUACAAUUCUUCAGGAAAAGAAUCUAUAUCUAGUAUUUGAAUAUUGUGAUAUGGAUCUGAAAAAAUACAUUGACGGUGCACCAUUUGGAUUACCAAUAGAUAUAAUUAAGAAAUUUACAUAUCAACUUUUAUGCGGAAUCAAGUACUGUCAUUCGCGUAGAAUUCUUCAUCGAGAUCUAAAACCUCAAAAUCUUCUUAUUGGUUUAGAUGGUAAUUUGAAAUUGGCUGAUUUUGGUUUGGCGAGAGAUUUUUCUAAUUCGAUAGGAGUUCUUACUCGUGAGGUUGUCACAUUGUGGUAUAGACCUCCUGAACUUCUCCUUGGCGAUAGCGAAAUUGAUCAAUUAUUCAAGAUUUUUGGCAUUCUCGGUACUCCUGAUGAGCAUCUAUGGCCCGGAAUACGACAAUUACCUAAUUUCAAAAUUAUAUUCCCUAUUUGGAGACGUUAUCCUUUAGAUCAAAUCUUUCCUUGGAUGGGUUAUGAUGCAAUUAAUUUAUUAGAGAAGCUCUUGAUUUAUGUACCAAGCCAGAGAAUUGCGGCUAAAAUGGCCCUUAGACACACAUACUUUGAUGAUAUAAACUUUUCUC